AUGCCUGGAAGUGUUGCGGUCCUUAGAACGAGCCCGGUUCGAGUUGGAGGACAGGACGGGAACUCCAACAUUCUACCAGUCGCAUUCGCCCUGGUGGAGGGUGAGAAUGCAGAGUCCUGGACAUUCUUUCUCUCGCACCUUCGAGAGCACGUGACCCCGCAGCCCGGUCUGCUGGUUAUAUCGGACAGGCACAACGGCAUCAAGGCUGCGCUUGAGGCCCCUGACGGAGGUUGGUUACCGCCAUCUGCGUACCGUGCAUUCUGCAUACGACACGUAGCGGCUAAUUUUGCCCUUACCUUCAAGGGCAAAGAUGCUAGGAGGCUACUAGUCAAUGCGGCGUAUGCGAAGACCGAGCAUCGUUAUGAGGGUCGGAGAUUUGGUCACAUGACGACGAACAUCUCCGAGUGUGUGAAUUCAAUCCUCAAGGGGGUCAGAAAUCUCCCUGUAGCAUCCCUGGUGAAGGCAACAUAUUGUAGGCUUGCGGAACUCUUUGUUCGCAAGGGGAGAGAGGAUGAGGCGCAGAUGGGAACCGGUCAACAAUUCAGUCAGCAUUUGGUGAAGGCGAUUGAGGCCAACUUGAAGACGGCCAGGUGCUUUACGGUGACGUUGUAUGACCGGGAUAACUCCGAGUUCACCGUAGCAGAGACCACUCCGACUGGUUCUUUCUCGUUGGGAACCUACAGAGUAUCGCUUGCAUCGCAGACAUGUGACUGCGGGUACUUCCAGGCGCUUCAUUUCCCGUGUCAGCACGCACUUGCAUGCUGUGCCUACUCACGGCUCACCUGGACCUCUUACGUCCACAGCGUCUAUCAGAUUAGCUCGGUGUUCAGUGUGUAUCGGAUGGGAUUCACACCUCCGAUCCCGGAGGGCUUCUGGCCACCUUACGACGGGCCCACGGUGAUUCCGGACCCUGACAGGAGGCGUGCGAGAGAGGGUCGUCCUAGAUCCACCAGGAUACGGACGAAUAUGGACGAGGCAGAUCCGAAUCGACCAAAGAGGUGUGGCCUAUGUCGCCAACCCGGACACACACGACGUUGUUGCCCACAGGUUGGAGGAUCGUCUCAGGCAGGACGCCAUUAG